AUGUCAAUAGCAAUUGUUAUACAAGAUGAGCACCGUAAAGUUGAAAUUUCCCGAAUUCGUGAACGUUAUCAGAGAAAAAUGACAAAGAGGAAACAUGAUGCUGAAUUGCUAUUUAGUCACAAGAAAGAAUCUGCAAGAAUGGAACUUGAUGAACGAUUAAAUAAGAAAAUGGAAUGGAAGAAAAGUGUGGAGAAAUUUUUAGCAGAGAAAAAACUGAGUAUUCCUGGAGCUACAUCAAAUUUAUCAAAUUUGCAAAAUCCCUCAAUCAUUGUACCCCUACCUGAAAAGCUCAGAAAUACGCCAGUUUUUGUAGAAUCACCGGUUGAAAUUCAAACAUCUAUUAAGAACCUUGAAUUAAAUAAUAUUUUUCCACCGACUCGGAAAGAAACUCCUGAAGAAAUUGACCAGGCUUGUAAUAUUGAAAAUAUAUUCAGUAUAUAUCGAACAGAUGAUGUUGACUUUGCACUAUCGUAUUCAAUAAAUGAUAAUCCAACAACGGCAUUAAUUGAACGUCUUUUGCAAGUACAAUCUUCAAAUUCUUCUUAUGCACAUAAGGAAUAUAUUCUUCCUCUAAAAGCUGUUACAGAAUUAGUAGUUCGACAAACUUUACUUUGUCAUUGUCGUUUGAUUAAUGCUUCCAUCCUAUCAAUUUUUUUCCAUGAUCUUGAUCUUCGUGCACAUUUAAGUGUCUUGCGAGACUUUAUGCUUAUGGGAAAUGGAACAUUUGUUUCUGGAUUGGUUGAUGCACUAUUCAAUGACAACGUUGAUCAUGGAGUAGGUGUUUAUUCAGCCAAUAAUAAUCUUGGAAUGGGUAUAGGACUUGGUAUUAGAUUGAAUAGUCGUCAAACUUGGCCGCCUGUUGGAAUCGAAUGGAGGAUGGCUUUAAAGGCUGUUAUUGUAGAAACUAUUCUUUUGGAAAAAAAGAAUUUGGAAAAUAGAGACUCCAAUGAGACUAUAGAUGCAUGGGGCAAAGUUAAUGAUUUGGAUAAUAUGCUUAUGUUUGGUAUCCAUAAUUAUGAAGAAUCCGAAGUUUGUAGUGAUCCGAACGCUUUGGAAGCACUGGAUUUUCUUUACCUUGAUUACAAACCUCCUUAUCCGAUUAAUGUCAUUCUAUCGCCGAACUCGUUAACAAAAUAUAAUCGAUUGUUUACGUUUCUUUUGCGUGUUUUGCGUAUGGGAACAGUGAUUAGACAUGUUUAUCGACUUGCUUAUGAACGUUAUUUGUAUGAUGAUGAUGACGAGGCUGCUGAACAUAGUCUACUUGUUCAAAAAUUUCGAUUUGAGGCUCAGCAGUUUAUUAUUGCAUUACAUGGAUAUGUAUUUGACGUUGCAAUAUCUUCUACAUGGACGUUAUUUAUGAAGAGGUUAAAUAAAAUCGCGAAAGAAUCCGAAUUUGAACUUCCACGUGAACAUCUUUGGGGACGUGGAAGUAUGAGUGAUACGGUUAGUUUUUUGGAUGGACAAUCGGAUGUCUUUUCAAUAGGAAAUAUGGAUGAAUUUGAAGAUGAGGAAGAUGACGAUGGGAUGGGAGAGGGCGUAAAAGACCUUGAAUCAUUACGUGCAUAUCAUGAUCAUGUAUUAGAUCGUAUGCUGUUUCAAUGUUUAUUAAAAAAGAAACAAGAAGCGAUUAUGAAGGUUCUAAAUAGAAUUUUUACUGUGAUAUUAACCUUUGCUAAUACAUUGCAACGAAAAAGAUCACGAAUAAUUGAUUUGCAAAAAAGACAAGAAUACUGGAAUUCAAUUAAAGAUUUAUAUGGAAAGUUUAGAUUAUAUUCCGCAAUGCUUGUAAAGAUAUUAAAGGCUUUAGAUGAGAAAGGUGGUGGUAGAAUUGGAAUGGGAAUGAAACGUACUGUUAUUAAUCCUGAAGGUGAAAGUUUAAGAACUAGUUCUACAAGUCAUGAUGGUGGAAGAUCUUAUCAUGAUAAAGUUGAUAAUCAAUCCGGUGGAGGAUUUUUGCAAGAAUUUCUAUUAAGAGUAGAUUUUAAUGGCUUUUAUGCUAAAAUUAUAGAAAAUGAGCUGUCAAAAAAGUAA